AUGGGAGACAAGGAAAGUGUUGUAGAUGGCUUUUACUGCCUCUGCAGUCCUGGUUAUGCCGGGCCGAGAUGUGAGCAAGACAUCGACGACUGUGUGAACAGUUCAUGCAGCACCAACUCAGUAUGUAAAGACCUUCAUCUGAGUUAUGAGUGUGUGUGUCAUUCCGGCUGGGAGGGGGAGCACUGCCAACGAGAAAUUGAUGAAUGUUUAUCACAGCCCUGCAAAAACAACGCCACCUGCACAGACCUUCUCAACAGCUACAAGUGUUUGUGCUCACCGGGCUGGACAGGUGUGGACUGUGCAGAGGAUGUGAAUGAGUGUGAUUCCGGGCCCUGUCUAAAUGGAGCUCAGUGUCAGGAGUCAGAUGUACCAGGGGAGUUCUCCUGCACCUGUCCCUCCUUCUUCAGUGGCCCCUUGUGCAACCAGCCUUAUGACCCCUGCGACCCCCUCCACAAUCCCUGCCUGCACAACUCCACCUGCCUGACACGCUCCAAUGGAACAGCCUCCUGCAGAUGCCCAGCUGGAUUUGAAGGAAGUUUGUGUGAAAUCGACACCAAUGAGUGCAGUUCAAACCCAUGCCAAAACCAGGGCAGCUGUGUGGACCGGGUCAACAGUUACAGCUGUGAUUGUAGGACGGGAUUUUCUGGCCUUCACUGUGAAGAAGACAUCAAUGAGUGUGCCUCUAGCCCCUGCAACAAUGCUGCUAUUUGUCAAGAUCUUGUGAACAAGUUCCACUGCAUUUGCCCUCCUGGUUAUUUUGGAACGCUGUGUGACCUGGAUGUGAAUGAGUGUGAAGUUUCACCUUGCCUACACGAGGGCAUCUGUAUCAACACGCCCGGGGGCUUCAAGUGUGUCUGUCGCCCUGGAUACUCAGGGCCACGGUGUGAAGUUAACAUUGACGAGUGCGCUUCCAACCCAUGCCAAAAUAGUGGGAGAUGUAUUGAUGCGCCUAAUCGAUUCCACUGCCUGUGUCCUGAUGGCUUCGCUGGGCUCCACUGUGAGACCAACAUUGAUGAAUGCAUGUCAGCACCUUGUCUUCAUGGGAGUUGUAACGAUGGAAUAUAUUCAUACACCUGUGUCUGUGAAUCUGGAUGGACUGGCAGCAGAUGUGAAACAAACAUUGAUGUGAGUUGUGCCUAAUAAACCUACUGGGUGUUCUGAGGAAAGGUCAGGAGAAUUUUGUAAUCUUUGUGUGGCCUUUGGUAUCAUUAACUCUAUUGAUUUUCCUACAAGAUAAGUCAAUUGAACUACCAGGAUCAUGUAAGCAUUGUACAAAUGCCUGAUUAAAAGAAAUUGCUUAGUCUAAUGCCUAAUUGAUUUAAACCACAGCUUUGUGCUGGACUCCAGAGAUAAAACAUUGAGUUGUUUACAAGGUCUGUGCCAACACUUUGUUGAAUGGCUAAUCUGAUCAUCUGCUUUUUAACUACUAACAAUUAAUUCAAAUUCAAAGUUUUGUAACCAUACAUUAUGUAUUUUAUAUGGGAAAUUGAGCAUUUUGUGUUCAUAUCUGCCAAAAUGUUUUGUAUUUUUGGUACCAUG